AUGAAGACCAUUGAAGAAAUACUGGCCGAAAGGCCAAAUACCGAUCCCUCACAGCUGGUUCAAUAUGUUGGAACGGUGGAGGCAUAUGAUAAGUGGGCGGGGGUAUACGAUACAGACGGGAACUUUCUUCAGCGCCUCGACACCAUUGAAAUGCGUGCACUACUGCCGAUAUUCCUGGACCGCGUGCAUGCCCGCUUCCAGGCCCCGGCACCGGCCAAGUCAGCAGCGCGACUGACGCUGUUGGAUCUCGGCUGUGGCACGGGAAGGAACACAAUUCAACUACUAGAGGCACUAGCGCAGUAUCAAAAGCAGAACCAGACCGAUGCUACUUCCGCGCCCGAGGUAAACAUCGUGGGUCUUGAUGCGUCUCCGGGUAUGCUGGAGGUAGCGCAGAGCGCAAUCCAAUCUGCUGUGCAGCGAGACGACCUCAAAAACAGCCCGGAAGUCUCGCUUGGUAUCAUUGAUUUACUUCAGCCCGCUACUACACGGGCGCAGUUACCUCCGGCGCUACAGAGCUCCGGCGCAGCUGGGGUGAUUUCCACGCUUGUGCUAGAGCACAUUCCUGCGAAGGAAUUCUUCCAGGCUGCGUCGGCCACUAUGCUCCCUGGAGGGUAUCUACUGGUCACCAACAUGCACGCUGACAUGGGGAUGCGAAGUCAGGCUGGGUUCACAGACCCGCACACGGGGAUCAAGAUCCGGCCGACGAGUUACUGUCACUCUAUCUCGGAGGUGUUGGCCGCGGCUGAGCAGACCGGGUUCCUGGUGGAAGAUAUAGUUGGCCAGGAUGGACAGAAUGGGGUACUGGAAAGGGAUGUAGAUGAACGGCUCGUCGAAAAAUUGGGCGCGCGGGCAAAGAAGUGGGUUGGUAUCAGGGUGUGGUUUGGCAUAUGUUUCAGCAAGAAAACAUAG